GUAGAUAGAAAGAGAAGGGAUUUAAAAUUGAAAGGGACGUCUGAGACCGGAGACCAAAGCUUCGAGCAUCUCACAUGGCGUCUCCCUGUUGUCCUCCGUUGAUGAAGAAGCUCAUGAUCUUCUUUUUAUCUACUCUACUUCUCACUACUAUUGUAAACUCGGAAACGCAGUGUCGGCGAUUCAAGUCCAUCAUCAGUUUCGGUGAUUCCAUUGCCGACACCGGAAACUUGCUCGGCCUCUCUGAUCCUAACCAUCUCCCACACGUGGCGUUUCCUCCGUACGGAGAGACCUUCUUUCAGCAUCCCACGGGCCGUUUCUCAAACGGCCGCCUCAUCAUCGAUUUCAUUGUUCGGUUUACAGCUGAAUUCUUGGGUUUUCCGCUUGUGCCUCCUUUUUAUGGGUCUCAAAACGCACACUUUGAAAAGGGAGUUAAUUUCGCGGUAGGGGGAGCAACGGCACUGGAACGUUCCUUUCUCGAAGAGAGAGGGAUUCAUUUUUCUUACACCAACGUCAGUUUAGGAGUUCAGCUUAAGAGCUUCAAGGAUGCUUUGCCUAAGCUAUGUGGCUCCCCAUCAGACUGCAGAGAAAUGAUCAAAAAUGCUUUGAUUCUCAUGGGAGAAAUUGGAGGAAAUGACUAUAAUUACGUUUUCUUUGUGGGCAAAACCAUUGAAGAGGUCAGAGAGUUUGUUCCACUGGUGAUCAGUACUAUUUCUUCUGCAAUCACGGAGUUAAUUGGUAUGGGGGGAAGAACAUUUCUUGUGCCGGGAGAGUUUCCCAUAGGAUGCUCAGUAACCUACUUGACAUUAUACCAAACAUCAAACAAGGAAGAAUACGAUCCUUCAGGUUGUUUGAAAUGGUUGAACAAGUUUGCAAAAUACCACAGUGACCAGCUUCAGGCAGAACUCAACAAGCUCCGGGAGCUGUACCCUCAUGUCAACAUCAUAUACGCAGACUACUACAAUGCUCUCUUACGCCUUUUUCAGGAACCAGGAAAUUUUGGGUUCAUAGAUAGACCUUUGCACGCUUGCUGCGGUUUUGGAGGACCGUAUAACUUCACAUUUGGUAGGAAAUGUGGCUUUAAAGGAGUGGAAUCUUGUAGUGAUCCUUCAAAGUAUAUUUGUUGGGAUGGUGUCCAUAUGACUGAGGCUACGUACAGAUUGAUGGCUGAGGGUAUACUUAAGGGACCCUAUGCUAUUCCACCUUUCGAUUGGUCUUGCCUCAGCUCAAAAAUCAAGAACAAUGGAUCAUCUGAUACAAAGUAUUCUUUAAUGUACCACUGAUAUAACUUGGUCUGAAAAUUUGAGAGAGAGAAGAAUGUAUACUGAUAAAAACAUGUAUGUUCUUUAGCGCUUAUCUUGGAUCAUGUUUUGUACUAUUAUAAAAUUUCUAUU